AUGGCACAGGCAGAAGGUAACUUCCUGAAGAGUGAGGGGCCUUCCCCACGAAACGCAAAUCGGAGCCGCGAGCAAAAGAUCCUGCCCUGCAGUGCGCUUUGUUUCUGCAGAGAACUCCAGAGAAGACUGUUGGAAAACUGCAAACACCUGCUGCUGGUGGCCGUGGGACCGGCGCUCGGCUGGGAGAGCGGAGACCUGGAGUUGUUCGACUUGGUGGAGGAGGUGCAGCUCAACUUCUACCACUUCCUCGGGCUGCAGCAGGAUGCUUCAUCUGCAGACAUCAGAAAAGCAUAUCGUAAGCUUUCACUAACUUUACAUCCAGACAAGAAUAAAGAUGAAAAUGCAGAAACUCAGUUUAGACAAUUGGUGGCCAUAUAUGAAGUUUUAAAGGAUGAUGAACGAAGGCAGAGGUAUGACGAUAUUCUGAUCAAUGGACUUCCAGAUUGGCGACAGCCUGUGUUCUACUACAGGCGGGUGAGAAAAAUGAGCAAUGCUGAGCUGGCAUUACUCUUGUUCAUUAUUCUCACAGUGGGACAUUAUGCUGUGGUGUGGUCAAUCUACCUGGAAAAACAGUUGGAUGAACUGCUUAGUAGAAAAAAGAGAGAAAAGAAAAAAAGGACAGGAGGCAAGAGUGUGGAGGUAUCAAAACUUGGCGCUUCAGAAAAAAAUGAAAGAUUGCCGAUAAAACCACAGUGGCAUGAUUUGCUUCCAUGCAAGCUGGGAAUUUGGUUUUGCCUUACAUUAAAAGCAUUGCCUCAUCUACUCCAGGAUGCUGGGCAGUUUUAUGCUAAGUAUAAAGAAACAAAAUUGAAGGAAAGAGAAGAUGCACUGACUAGAACCGAACUUGAAACACUUCAAAAACAGAAGAAAGUUAAAGUUAAAAAGCCAAAACCUGAAUUUCCUGUAUACACGCCUUUAGAAAGUGCAUAUAUCCAGUCUUAUGAUCAUGGAACCUCCAUAGAAGAGAUUGAGGAGCAAAUGGAUGAUUGGCUGGAAAACAGGAACAGAACACAGAAAAAGCAGGCACCUGAAUGGACAGAAGAGGACCUUAGCCAGCUGACAAGAAGUAUGGUUAAGUUCCCAGGAGGGACUCCAGGUCGAUGGGAAAAGAUUGCCCACGAAUUGGGUCGAUCUGUGACAGAUGUGACAACCAAAGCCAAGCAACUGAAGGAUUCUGUUACGUGCUCCCCAGGGCUGCUCAGGCUGUCCGAGCUCAGGUCCUCGGCCCAGAUGCCCAGGCCCACGAAGCCAGCCGUGGCCCCGCCCGACGCCAUCGUCACGCAGCGCGAGGAGGAC